UCAAUAAAACUGCUGUCAGCUGUGAAAGAUUUUGUGUAACAAGAAAGUCGAAUAGGGUUCCAGCCAAAUGAUUAAAAAUAUCUUUAAUUGAUGAAAGAUACAUUUUAAGAAGCAUGAAAUGCAUAAAAAGACACAUAAACGGAGCACAUAUAAUUCAGCAACGCAAAAAGUAAAAGCAUCAGAAAACUUAUUACAUGGAAGAGACUACCAAGAUAACGAGAAUAAAUCCAGCAACCACUUUCAACUGCCAAGUUUACAAAAGAAAAAAACUUGGAAAGAUGUUGAUGAUCAUGUAUCAACAUGGGAUGAAAAUAGCAUCACAACAUGUAUAUCUUAUUCGUCUGAGUUGGAAGACAUUGCAACUCAGAAAGUUAUGCAACAGUGGGAUGCUAUUGAAAACACGCUUUAUGAAGACGGUGAUCAAGUAACACAAACAGCCCUUUUAGAGGAAUGUAUACAAUGGAGAACACAAAUACCACAUUUAAGAAUAGUUGGAAAAAAUCCAUUUUUAUCAACCAAAAGCAAAUAUCAAGAUUUGGAUAAAAAUUCCAGUCAAAUGAAGAAUAGAUUCAAUUCGCAUGAUGAAGAUCAAUUUUCAGGACAUAGCCUUUCGAGGGAGAGACAAAUUUCAUCGAAACAUAAAUUGCAAAGCGCAUCAAAGGAUAAAAUAUAUGAUAUGCUCUUUGAUCAUGUAAUGUCUGAACUAUUUCCAAAUAAGGAAAAUGUGAUUGACUCGCUAGGUGAUGAUUUAAAUGAAGUUUUGCAAAUACGUAUGGCACCUAUUCAUAGCAAUAAAAGUUCUGCAAAAAGUACCAAGUUGAAUUGGUUCGAAGAAACCAUUCCUCUUGAUAACAGAUUUCCAAGUAGCAGGGUUAGAGGAAUAGAAGAUCAUAUUGUACCGAUAAGAAAAGAAGCUGCUCAAACAAACAUAGAAGAAAUUCAAAAAAAACAUGAUAAUCCCAAACAAAGUGAUGGAAUAAGGAGCGGGCGAGAUGCUUCGCUCGCGAUAGAAGACAAACUUUUUAGGCCUCAUACUGGUAGAAAUAAACUUGGCACUGUUUUUAAUGAGAAGAUUGUAGUUAGUCCUGUGCCUUAUAUUUUGUCAACUAGGGAAAGUUUUUCUACCAUUAAGACUACUCCAAUCAAGUUUAUGGGACAGACACUAGACGUUUCUACAUUUCCAGGCUCGAGCAGAAAUCUUUCUUAUUUAAAAAAUUCGAAAAAAAAUUUAACUCCAACAAAACAACCAACUUGUCAGUCUGCUUGGCAUAAUUCUGUUACUCCCGUCGCGUGGCCAAAAAAUAUAAAGCUUGCUCCGUUAGAUACUUCGCGACUUCCUAGCAGCAAAAAUCGAUCUGUGACAUCGUUGUCGGUAGUUUUUGAACGCGGCAGAAAACCCUUAAGUCCUAUUUCUCGUUCCACUUUGCCUGUCUCUGCACAAACUAGUCAUAUUAACGAUAACGACGGUUUAAAAAUUCAAGGUAGACAUAUAAUACCUGGACAAUCUUCUAAGAUAAGUGGGACUAACAGUGGUUGGGAUUGUAGCGCUAGGAGUAGAAACAACAAACAAAAGAGAAGGCAAUCAAAAACUAAAUUAUAACGAAUUUUACUGGGCGGGUAAAUUGAUUUCAUAAAUCUAUAUAAAAUUAUUCUCAUCUUUGUGAGAAUUGUGUUUGCAAUGUCUCGUUGUACAAGUCGCUAUGAAUAUUACUAUACAAGUGGAGACGAUAUCCGUAAUUUAAAAAAUGUAAACUAACAUUUGAUAUAAAAUAUAAAUACAUUGUUAUUGUUAAAUAAUUAUAAGAAACCUCAAUGUGUUGAAGUAUUAAAAACGUGUUGUAGUUUUAAGUGUUUUGCGGUAUAAACGGAAACAGAAUUCGUACACUGUUAAAUAUAAUACGAGCUGAUGUUUAAAUGUAUAAAUGUUAUAUUUUAAAUACUCUUGUUGUUCGAUAGAUAAGCGUAUCUUUGUAAGUGUCUCUACCUCACUCAAUAUCGAUGUGUUACUUUAUCGAUGCACACGCUUACGUUGCGUAGGUGAAUAUAUUUUUG